UCGCGGGCCGAGUGACGUGUUCUACUCUGAAAUUUUGCGCAAUUCUUAGGAAUCCACGUACGGUGGCAGAAUUUUACGAUCGCGAACGUUCGACGAAACAUUCCGAGUGUAUGAGACAUCGGGACGUGUGCCGACGAGCCGGAGAAAUUGGUUUGAAAAUCACGAAGACGUCACAGACCGAAGCAGCGACCGGUGUACUUUUAAUAUUACUUUUUAUUGCUCAAUUACGAUGAGCGUGCAAAGCACCAUUUCUUUUCCUAUACGAAAGAAAUGGAAUUUCUAUGGGCACAAGAAGGACGUUGUGAAAGAGGAUUUCUCAGAGGCAACGGCGAAAGGCACACCAACAAGGUACACUCCAACCGUGAAGAAGAUCGUCACGUUGAUCAGCAGCGAGUCUGAGUCGGACUCUGACAUUGAAAACACAGUAGAAGGGGUCACCAGAGGAAUUGAGAGCAAAGUGGCUCAAACUUCACCUCACCGAAAGCGUAAUAACAGCUUUGAUGAAGAAAAUGUCACUAGUCCGUCUAAGCAGAGAAAGAAUCAAUUAUUACAGGCUUUAUCAACACCAUCCACUCUUUUGAAUAGAUUGAAUGUAUCUCCUAAAAAGGGAGAGAAUAUGCAGUUUGGAACGCCAACUCAUCGAAAGCAUAAUAAUGGCCCUAAUGAAGAAAAUAUCACUAGUCCGUCUAAGCAGAGAAAGAAUCAGUUAUUACAGGCUUCAUUAACACCAUCCACUCUUUUGAAUAGAUUGAAUUUAUCUCCUAAAAAGGAAGAGAAUUUGCAGCCUGAAACGCCAACUCAUCAAAAGCGUUAUCGUAGCUCCAAUGAAGAACCUGUCAGUUUGUGUAGCCCAUCUAAGCAGAAAAAGGGCCAAUCAUUACAGACUUCAUCAACACCAUCCACUCUCGUGAAUAAAUUGAAUUUUUCUCCUGAUAACGAGAAUAAUUUGCUGCCUAGGCGAUUAUUCGAAUCCAACCAAUACCAGGACGCACGCCUGGCCUUGCAUAGUUCCGAGACAGAGGACUUGCCUGGGAGGGAGAAGGAGUUGGAUAAACUGCAGGAAUUCCUUCGGAAACACUUGGAGGAAGAAACAUCGGGUUCCCUGUAUAUCUCCGGUCCUCCAGGUACUGGGAAAACGGCUAGUCUGUCUAAGAUAAUGCAACAGCCUGAGUUUAAGUCUCAGUUCAAGAGUGUCUAUGUUAAUUGCACCACCAUGAAGUCCGCGCCUGCCAUAUACGAGAAGAUAAUUCAAGAGCUGUCUAUAAGCAAGUCGGGGAAGAAUAAGAAGGCCAAUAUAGAGAAGUAUUUGAAGUCCAAGCACAAGAUGUUGCUUCUGGUGUUGGACGAGAUUGAUCAGCUGGAAAGCAGGAAGCAGGCCGUGCUGUACUCGAUAUUCGAGUGGCCAUCUCUGAUGAAUUCCAAGCUGAUCUUGAUCGGUGUUGCCAACGCGUUGGACCUGACGGACAGGAUACUGCCCAGGUUACAGGCCAGGUGCGAAUUAAAGCCGACGUUGAUGCACUUCGCGUCGUACACCAAACAGCAAAUAGUCGACAUAAUAUCGAUGAGAUUGAGCCGAGCGAACGCCAUCAACGUUCUCCCAUCGACGGCGAUACAAUUGCUGGCGGGCAAGGUAGCCGCGGUCUCCGGGGACAUCAGGCGAGCCUUGGACAUCAGCAGAAGGGUGAUCGAGUUGGCCGAGUCGGGAAAAGUGGCGGAAGUGCUGCGUCCGACGAACGACAACAACACAAAUACGGAAGAUUCGAAGAAGCAAACGGAAGUGACGGAAAGGCCGGUCGACCUGAAAGAGGUGGUCACAGUUUUAAACGGAGUCUACGGGAGUACGCAGAAUUGUAACAAAGAUACGUUUCCUAUUCAGCAGAAGCUGCUACUCUGCUCCUUGUUACUCAUCCUGAAUAAGGGAAGAAAUAAAGACGUCACUGUUGGAAUGCUGCACGAGGUGUACAAGAAAGUCUGCAAGAAACGGAACAUAUCUGCCGCCGAUUUCUCCGAGUUCUUGAGCAUGUGUUUGCUGAUAGAGACGAGGGGCACUCUGAGAAUCGUCGGCAAGAACCAGUCGCGUCUGUUCAAGGUGAGCUUGCAGUGGGACCAGUCAGAGUUGGACUCUGCUUUGCAAGACAAGGACAUGAUGGCUGAGAUUAUCAACGACACGAGUUGCUUAUAGAGUGAUUUCAGACUUACUGUGUGUCGCACGUUCCUACCUGUUAUGCCGUAAUUUAUUUUAUAUAACUCUAUAUCGUAUUUUAUAGCACGCAAAGAAACAUUUUGACUUUACACUUAUCGCAUCCAUCGUUGUUUUCUAUAUAGUAUUGGAAUCCCACCUUUAAGAUGCGUUGUUAAGAUUAUUAUGAUAAUUAUUUCGAUUUGUAUUUACAAGGAAGACUGGACUUCUGCAUUGUAUCGUAGUUAUAAGUGCGUGUGUACGGAAUAUUCUGCCGAGCAUGUUCAUAUCUGUCCUGCGGAAAUAUGUAUAUUUUGACAAUUUAUCAAAUUAUUGUGAAUAUAAAUAUUUUAUGAUUGUGAAAUCCAUAGAUGGUACGUUUUUUAACAAAUUUUGUGAUCUAACCGACCGUUGAAUAGUCUUUCAAAAAUAAAGAUUUCUCUGACCUGUCCAUGUGGAGCCAUUUUUUACGCACCGCCAGAUGGUGCCGGCAACUAUUGGAUUAUGUUAGGUUAAGUUAGAUUAGAUAAAAAAGUUAGAAUUCACUGUGAUUUGCAUUGUUUACAUUGCACGGAACAAACAGUGCGGUGCUAAAUAAUUUCAUUAGCUUUAACGCAGUGACAAUUCACAUCGUCGCAUGUUGCACAAUGUGCACUUUGUGUGAUUGAUGUAAAAAUUGUGAAAAUUCUAAUUAACGUUCGGAUCCCAAAACUCGAUCCAAGUUUCAAGGAUGAU